AUGGAUUUCUCCGCAGAACAAACACAUACUGCGAGGGAUAAGAUACAAUUAAGGAACAUCAACAUCAUUACGGACAUGGAGAGUCAUCGGCGAGUGAACUGUGUCAAUGUAGAGCCGGACAAUUCUUCUAUAAAACCUACGGAAAAGUGUAGGACUCGGAAGAAGGUGAUUACCCGCAAAAUAUCUGCAAGGCUCGAGGCUCCUGAUCAGGCAUUGCUAUCUUUUAGAGAUUUUGACGCAGCUAAGAAAUUUUACAAGCGGAGGAUUAAGAUGUUGUCAAGUGUUGCGUGUGUCAUGGGACUUACAUCGGCUGUCUUAGCACUGGUGGAUAUUGAACUCACCACGCGAGGUAGAGUCUCCGAUGAAGAGCUAUCACCAGGAGAUUUGCGUACUGCUCUUGAUAAUCCGUACAGACUUGCAGCUUUAGUAGUGAAGUCCGUUCUCUCUGCUUUAUCGCUGCUGACCUCCUUCACAAUUUAUCGUAUGAAUGUAAACGAACUCAGCUACUUAAUCGUAAGGAACAUUUACCACGAGUCAGAGAGAUUUGUUAUGACUUCGCUCUUUCCCACCUGUUUGGUAGAAGUGGUUCUUUGUCUGUUUCAUGUUCCGCCUCUGUUAGACUACUAUGGCAUGCCUUAUGAACUUCAGCUUUUGGUUUUCCUAAGAUUAUAUCUGAUGGCAAAGUACGUGAAAGAACACAACAUGUUUGUAGACAAUCGUGCCACAGCAUUGUUCGCAUCUGUGACACAAACGGAGAUCUCGUCCAUUUUCCUAAUAAAAGCCUACUUUUUGAAGUUUCCUUUCCAACUGAUAUUUACAUUUUACUCGCUCAACAUUUUCUUGGGUGGCUAUUGUGUCUACGUUAUCGACAGGGCUCACAAUACUUAUUUGGUAAGUAUGAAAACUUUUUUUCCACAAUUUUGCCAAGAUUUAAUUUUUUUACCCAAGCUAAAAACAUCGUAAGGUCCAAAUACAAACCAGUAUGUUUACUUAGAUGGCCAUUUGAGCCAUCUUGAGCGCUUUCUUGCUCUGACGAACCAAAAGCAGGUUUUUCAAUGAGUAAUUUGUCGAAAUUUGUUUACUUUUCGGAUAUGAAUUCCGGUGCCAAUGGUUUACAAAGUGUCGGCGUUAUUGUGCUCAAAGCCAGUGUAUUACUUUACUAGACAAACGUUUGUUUUGGUUAAAAAAUAAUGGUUUCAAUUUCAACCCUUUCACUCUGUCAUAUCCAAAAAUUUAAUUUGUCUUUUAUUGCGAUUGACCCCUUUCAAGAUGAGCGAACUAGUGUGAAAUUUUAGAGCUUUUCCUCUGUCUACUGUAAAUUCGUUACUUAAUAUUCUUCUAUAAUCUCGCACGUUCAAAAAUUACGUGUAUGUUUAUGGUGUAAAAUGUUUUAUCUGUUAAUCUUGAUGCACAUCUACCACAGCUGGGGCUGGAGUGAUUAAAAAUUGAAUAGCUCUUCAUCAAGCCAACCUCUAUUGUAAUUCUAAUCAGUUGUUUUUGUGCUAGUACGAGUUACUCUUUUCUUACACAAAGCACUGACAGCAAAUUAAACGACCCCACACUUCGCCAACAAGAGAAAAUAAAUUCAUUUUUUGAUCUGCUGUUCGUUCAGCUCUUAUCUGCUGUUAACACUCUAUUCAGCGCUAUCUUUUACGUCUCGCGGCGACCUCUCGCCUCCAAAUAUCACAAACAACAAAAUGGUGUUUAUUUCUUACUUCUGUUUGUCAAAGCAUAUUAAGAAAAAGAAAAUCACGUGCCGAAACGAUGUCGAACACGCUGUUGUAUAUUUGAAAAUAAAGCGGCGAUAACCACUGUUAAAAAACAACUUAAAUAGUGAUGAUGCAACUUCUAAAGAAGAAGUAAGCGGCGAUUCAAUCGUGACAUCCCAUCGAAAGCUUAGACUUCGUCACAGGACGCACGGAAGCUUCAAAGAAUUCGGGGAACGCCAGCUUCCCUCUUCUCCGAAGACAAACAUGUGCGACUCUGUAAUGUUCACGUGUUAUAUGUGAAUUCAGGAAAAUAACAUUUAGUAACUGUCCAUAGAGAACUGAAAAUGCUUACUUUGCACUUAAAAGGCUACCAAGUAUGUACAGCUAUCAACCCGUUCCUAAAACUAAGUAUUGAGAGAGUUUCCGUUUCGGCACGCAUGAACCACACCAAAAUCUCGUCAUCACCUGAUGUUUAUUCAAGUCGUAGUUCGUGCCAAAGAGUGACAAAAAAUAACGAUUGUUGGCUUUGCACACAGCGUUAAAAGUGUGCAAAACUCGGUGAAAAUAAGCUCGCAUUAAUGGUCGAAUAUACUCUUUUUGUGCGUUUGGGUCUGCAACUAGAACUCGAUAAUUGGUCGUGUAAGCCUGCAAAGGAACUUAAUUGGAGUACACAGGUUGGUGGUCAAGCAUGAAAAGCUGUUAAGCUUUACGGGAACAAUGACUGAGCUUGCUUUAAAAGCUUACAUUGUUUGGAUGACUUUUUGUGUAAAACAAUAGAACGCUGUAGGAAGUAAAGCGAUAAAGCAGCCCGUCCACAAGUAACUGUACGGACUAAUUUGCUCGCUGGGUUUGCAAAUAUGCAUGCAUAUGUGGCUCUGUAAAGUGUUAAAGAUCUCUCAAUUUUCAGAAAGGGGGAGUAAUAGGUAAGUAAGAGAAGACAAAUUAAAAUAUAAAAACACUCGCUAGAAAAGGUUCUACACACGAAAUCCCCUCCCCUUCCCCCCUCCAAAAAAAAAAAGAGGAAAAAAAAGAAAGAAAAAAGAAACACUCGCUAAGGAAGCUCCAAAACUUUCAUAAAACUUUCAAGCUGACAUUAGAAGAAUUUGACUCCCGAACACUUUCAUAAUAUACAAUCGAGAAAAAGUAGUAGGAUUGGUAGUUAACAAUAUCUUUCUACGAUAUCAUGGAACAGCAGGGAAUCUACCUCCAAUUGAUACCACACCUCCCUGUUAUUUUCGCUAACUCACAUGCAAAUUAUUCGCUCAAAUAUUCGGUGCACGGAACUCAUAAUCUUUUUUAAUUUUUGACAUUUCUAGACGAGUCUUAGUAAUUAAAAAACAAGUUCGGAAAACCAUGCCGCUAACUAGUUUCAAAACAAACGUGACUUGGCAUCUAAUGAAACUAAUUUUAACUAAUGAGGGUGGCCCCCUUUUGAACAGAACACUAUCAGAGGCCAAAUUGAAAUAACACCAAUAACACUUUUUUUGAGUUGCUGAAUAGAAUAACACCAAUUUGUUUAACGGCAAUGUUGGAACUUUCUUUGUCUAGAUUAAUGAUGAAUGCAGAAACACGGUUCUUUCUCCAUAGGUCGACGUAUUAUGUUUUCAGUCUAAAUAUAAUCAAGAUAUGCAAUCGUCGUCUGAAACCAAGGAUACAAGGCAGAAAAAAAUUCCAAAAUUCAUACAAUGUUAAUUGAACGUUGGUUCUCUCUCUUCUUUUAGGACUAAGGCUCUGCCCCUGGGCAGAAAUCGAUUGAAAUGACCUUGAAAACAAAAACAUCAGGCGUUUGAAACUAAUUGGAGCUUAUUUAUCGUAUUAAGUUAGUCUUAUUAGUAACCAUGAAACAAUCCAGUGCAUCACAUAAUCACACACACCUGGUGCAAUUAUUACCACAUGAUUCGACAAUCUUGAGCGGCGCCUGUAAUAUUUAAAAUAACACGAAUCAGAAACACAACAGUAGGUCUUUAAUAAAACCGAUUUACAUUUCUUCCUUAAUUAAGAUCUAUUAAAAACAAAACAAAACAAAACUCACAACUUAUGAAAACAAUUCCUUCAAAUUUAUCGGAUCUACAGUUGAUAAAAAAUAGAAUAGUUUCAUCCGUAUUCACCUGUGGAAGGGGAAUUUCUAUAAUAUACAAAGAAUCAACCCUUAUUUCAAGGGGAUAUUUUUGCUAUGCAGUCACAAAUAUUUACUUCUCAGCAUAAAUAUGAAAAAAAUAUUCUUAGCUACAUUGGUUAACCGUUCAGUUGAGUAAGAUUCCGGGAAUAAGCUAAUCUAAGUUUGAUCUGUAAUAUUUGUGAGUUCAUUGUCUAGCUGCACUUAACUUAUUUUGCUACACUGUUUCCUCCCCAUUCCCCCUCCCCCAUUGAUUCCUGACGCUUUCUUUGCCUUUCUCGCCACAAAAACUCUGUAUGAUUUAACAGGAAUCUUCUGGGACGCAGAUGCUGAUGCUUCAAUUAACUUAGAGGAAGUCAUUAUCAGAGUUGGUUGAUGGAGGAGGGGGGACCGGGGGGCAAAGAAAAUUCAGGCAAAACGAACGCUUUAACGCAUGUUAAAGGACAAUUGGAAAGUCUUAGCGAUAAUCUAGAAUAUUGUAUUUUUUUUCCUUUUUUAAUUUCAGGUUUAAUCUUGGUAUCAAACAAAUUCUCGAAUUGUAUUGCAUGUUCUUCAUUAUGUUUUAACCUCUUUUAAAAUAUUUGGCCAGGACACUGUCUGGAUGCUUGUGGUCACCAUGACAACGCUUGGGUUUGGUGAUGUGGUUCCCAAAGCUAUCUUAGCCCGCGCGUUUGUUGGUUUUGCGUCAGUGUUGGGAAUAUUCCUCAUGGCGUUAUUCAUAAGUGUCGUACACGAAUCACUUCAACUUAAACAACAGGAGAAAAGAAUACUAGCGACCAUGGAGAAUGCAGGUAAAUUAAUGCACUCUCAUUUUUAUCCCCCAUUUGUUUUGCAGUAUCAUUGUACCUGUCCAAUAUGUCACUUUUGUUCAGUUUUGAGAUUAGAAAGAAACCGGAUCCGAAUCGAGCUAACUCUAUCUUACUAAAACGGUUGAACUUUGUAUUAGUGUAAGCAAUUUAUUUGAAAUCUUCCUCUGUCAGAGUAAGCAGACCAUCGCACCGUAAUAAUUUAGAGUUCAACGUGUUGAUUAAGGCAGCGCUUUUUCGUCACCCAAGGCUAAAAAUAUCGGGGCGAAGUCACGCAAAAGUGAAACAGAUUAUGAGGCCCUUAGUUCAUCGCUGAAGGUGGAUCUCAAACUCUGUCUUCUCCACGCAUCGUUUAUUAUGAGCAUUUAUCUUUUUCAUAGAUCAUCAUUCGGGAAAAAAGAAUCUUGCAGCCACAUGCAUCCAGAACACAUGGAGACUACAUCGCUUUAUACAGGAGAACACAGAACCCCUCGUGAUGGGAGACUGGUUCAAAUCUGAAAAACUCAGAAUGUUUCAACACAAACUAGCGGAAAGCGUGCGGCGGUGGAGGAUCGCAAGGAAAAGCUGGUCACGAGGUAUGUAUGAUAGCUAAGGGGAGAGGGGAGGGAAGGGACUUCACUUGCCAAACGUAGACUAAAGUUAAGUUUCAAAUCAUACGCUAUACAGAUUGUGGAUAAGUCUCACAUCACUAUGUCCUCAAGAGAAUUCAAACAGAAACAUGUCUGCCGUCUCUAGGACAGAAAGAGACAUGCGGUUAACUAACGGUUUAACUGCUUCUAGGUCCGCUGCAGUUGGUGUGAUGACAGAAUAAGCAAAGAUAACAUACUACACAUGGCACAUUUUCGCUGUUGACCCACUGAGCACAAGAGGUGUUUCCAUUAUCACAGAGAAUUCGAUUCCUGGUGGUGGGGGGGGGGGGGUUGAACAUGACGCAGGAUUAUGCUAUCAGGAUAUUUCCAUUAAUUAUUGGUGAACCCUUUUUUUUUUUCAUCGCCAAUACAUAAACCUCAUAAUCUUAAUAGUGUACCCCACCGCAGAGAAACAUAAUAAAAAAUACUUAGGGCUAGCCAAGGGGCAUGAGUUAUCCUCUCUUGAAGGGAGUUUAAAGUGUGAUCAAGAAUACAUCUCGUCAGGAUGCAGUCUCAGGUCCAUAAAAGGUUCUAUAUCCUCGAAUAUUAUAAAUUUAGGGUUCAUAUGAGGCGGGUACCGUGACUCAGUAGCUUCUGCUUAAAGGGGUGUUUGCUAGCUGGAAUGAACGCCAAUAGAAUCCUGGCCAAGUGUCAGUUUCCUUCUUGUUACACGCGUGACUUGUAGGAGUCCAAUAAUCACUCCAUACUUUUUCUGUCAAACUAUUAACAGAUGAUUACUGGAAGAAGUUCUUCUUGGCUGACGACAUUGCCAUGUUGCUGACUGACGUGUCAAGAAGUAUCGGGAACGUUGAAAAUUUUCUCCAGAAGCAAAAUGUCGGACGACGCACCAGCAGAAACUCGUUGAAAAGCAUUGGAUCUCCGCCGACUAUCUUAGAAGUAAGUUAACAAACUUUUAGGACACAAAAGGCCAAACCUGCAUUUAUAUACACGCGCAUUUUAUUAUUGGCAAAAACGUGAUGACCAGGAAUAAGAAAUACUUACUACAUGGGGAUGUAGUGUUUUCUGAUAACCUUUGUUUUUGCGAUUUGCAGGGAGAACAAUCCGAUCAGCCAACCCUACGGGACAAAAACAGAAAAAUACAGGCAGUAUUUGUAGACUCGUGGCGGCCUUCACACACCGGGCAAACUAAAGAAUCCCCAGCCACGUCAAGACGCACAUACUCUGACACGAGCCACACCCAUCCGGGACAUCUCCAACACCUCUCAUUAACAUACAGUCAUGACAAUCAGACGUCACAUGCAAAACUGAACGAGCUUACUGAAAAUGGUCGGGUCACGCACCCUACUUUUCGGUCACGGUUAGAAAGUGAUCCAAUUGACAGAGGAGAUUUGCCUGCAGACGCUCUACAAGGAAAAGUAGAAUCGCUUGAGAAUUCACUCGAUCAAAUUUAUCGGAAAAUGAAGACCGAGCUUAGAGACGUUAGAGAGUCGAUAAGGAUGAUCAACAGAUAUUCAGCUGGGUCGAGUUCUAGUAUGAGCCCGUCACAGUCUACGAAAAACAAUAGUAUGUAUCCCUAUCGAUAUUCACGAACAACUGACCACGUCGACGUAUGACGGAACGGGGAAGAAAAUAAUAAUUUAGCAGAGAACAUUUCUCAAGUCACGUUCAGUUGCUGAUCUUAAAGAUCUCACAAAAAAUGCUUCAAAUUGGAACAAACCAAGCGGAAGGAAAAAACAGUAUGCAAAAGAAAAACACCAAAGUUGAUCACUCUUGUAGACGACUUUUACCGUGUUUGCUCUCUAUAACCGGACAUUUGUAAAAAAGAGGUCCUCGUGCGUCACACUGGCGUAUCACAGGUCUUACCCUCGUUCUUCAGUGGAGUUUUUUUUUUUCCGCUCACAUAUUUCAUAAUCUGAAAGACUCGAAAUAAAAAGCUUAAAAGAAACUUUGUAAAUCGAGAAAAGUUUACUUUCACCGCAGGAAAAAAAAAAUUGGACUCACAUUAUUAAUUUAAGAAUAGAUACUUGAGGGAGUUAAAUAGUUUAUAAUCUCCUCGUACGUUUGAUAAACUAGAAAAUCUCGUGCAGGCCAUGGGAUUUAAGAGAUUAAUCACGAUAGGAGAUUACGUAAAUUCUUCAAGAAUAUAUUAUGUAACUGGGAGGAGUCUCCAUGAUAAUUUCUGAGCUAAGAAGGAGAAGGAUGAGUAGACAGACUAAAUAGCAGAUUUGGAAGGCGCGCUAAGGCAGGUAUCAUAGAAGGGUGGAUGCCUCUUAAUGAAACACCCCUCAUUUCUACCUAAUCAGUGCAGAUCAUAAAGAAAAGGGACAAAAUAAUAAAAAUACUAAGAGCUUGAAAUAAUGAAGAAAUUAGCUUCUAGAGAAACUGUGGAGCCACCAUAGCGGUUGAAGCAAUGUUUAGUUGGUAACGGCAAAUUCUCGUUACUUAUCUUGAACAGCAGGAGUUUUCGUUAGUAGUAAAACAUUCCUAGUUCGCUGCAAAGGAGAGGAACACGCAUUUGACACUAUCUUGGAUAACAUUUUGACCAGCGACGGGAUGAAUUUCUUUGACGGUGGUUCAUCGCAACGUCGCCUGUUGGACUGAUCUUGUAACAACCCGAUGUUUUAAGAAUUGCAAGUUGUA